GUUCUCACGUACAUAAAAAGUGUAAAAAACAAUGAACUAAUGUAAAGACUUAGUGCAAGUACCUCUCUAAGCGUGUUCCACGCGUUGGAACUAUAUUUUUUUCGUUUCUUCAUUUUGUGUGUGUGGUGCUUGUGUGUGUGCGGCGCGGCCAAAGCCAAGCGAAAAAAAUUACCGUGAAAUUUUAGCAGUACUUUUCUUUUCUAUAUUUUGUACGUACGUGCUGUGCUCGUCGUCCGUCUUUCUCAGAUGUUGAUGUGCGUAAAAAUUCGCGUUGUUUAAUAAGUUGUAUGCCAACAUUUUUAAAUCGCUAAACAACAAAAAAAAAAACAAAAAAAAUACAAAAAAAAACAAAAAUAUACAAAAAUAAUUAACAAAAUCGGUAAAAUAUCGCAAACGUUGUACGUUAUUUGGUGGACCUCCCCUUUUAAGUUUAGAAUUCACAACUUGCAAAAUUCCAAACAACUAAAUAAACAGCGAAAAAAAAACAAAGGGAAAAACACGCACCGCACAUCUAAGGCAGUGGCUGGGUCUGAAAAGCAAAAGAGGAGCAAUACGCACGGACAGUUGGGUAAAGAGAAUCGACAAGCGCAAUUGUGCUUCACGCAUUAGAGCAAACGAGCGCGAAGACGCCACGCCACCAACAACAACAACAUCAGCAGCUACAUCAAAAACAGCAACUGCAGCAUAAACAGGAGCAAAGGCACCAACAACAACAAAUAAGUCGACGAGAUCGGGAGCCACAGCUAGAGAAAAGCCAGAAGCGAUCCUUCGAAGGUCCUCCUAUGUUCCUACAACCGGGAGGGGGUGGGAAGGGAACAAGGCCACAGUCAACACACCAGCAAAAUAUCAGUCACAGUCACCAGCAGCUCCAUCAGACGCCGCAUCAUCAUCACCAGCAAACGCAGCAGAACCGCAACUCCCACAUACCGCAGGAUCAGCAGCAACAGCAGGUGCAGGUGCAACAACAAGGACAGCAGCUAUCGGUGUUUGUGCCGCAGCAAAACGUGGCCUCGGCUCACAGUAAUCACCACCCCCUCUCACACGCACAGCAACAACAACAAAAGCAGCAGCAGCAGCAGCAACAACAACAUCAGCAGGUCCAGCAGCAACAGACACAGUUGCAUCACAGUCGCGACCAGCAACACCAUCAACUGCAGCAGCAACAGUCACAUCAUCAGCCCGUAAUCUUCGUCAGUCAGCCGCCGCCGUCUGCUCACUACGGUGGCCAGGGCCAGCAUGCAUCAGGUGGCGGCGGCGGCAUAAACAGUAAUGCGAGCGGUAUACAGUUCACUGGGAGUGGCGCAGGCGGCUUACAGCAAGUCAACAGCAGUACCGCCCUUGGUCAUGGAAAUGCUAAUACUGGACUGGUACGCGCUCUCAACAACACUGGCUUGCAGCAUUUUACGCCUUCAGCUGGCCUGAUUGCGACCGCAGGGAGCAAUGCGGGUGGAGCGGGCCCCACAGCCGCCUUCAUGACCACUACCUACAUACCUUUUAGCCACCACGGCUCGUUGCUGGGCGCACCAACGGUGGGCUUUUCGCCCAGCGGCAAUGGUGCAGCAGCAGCAUCAGCCGGAUUCUUUGCGACUUCGCCGCAACAGAAACAAAUCGCAGUUGCACAGCAGCAUGCUGUCAAUAUGCAAGCGGCGGCCUCUAGUGGUGCCGCCACUUCAGGUGCACCUGCGCAGGCCAUAGCCUAUUACCAUUCGGCACCACCACCGGCCACAUCCACCAACAAUCCCAGCAAUAUGUCGCACCGUGCUAGCAUGCGAGCGCCACGAGCAGCGACCCCUCAACAAACGAAUUAUUUUGCCUAUGCGGUUCCCACGGUGCCAACGCCACGUGCUACACUGAUGAAUCCGGCGGCCACCGCCACUGUGACGCCCAUUAUGAACCCUCGCAGCGCUGCACUUAAUGGUACUGCCGCCUUUCAUAUGCCACCCACAUUCUGUCCAAGCAUUCCACUCGGAGCAUCGACGGGUUUGGCCGCCACGCCGAUGAUGGCGCCUGCGGGCAUGACACCGCAACAGGCCGGUGCCCCCGCAGGGGCCUUGCAUACCUAUGCAACGCAUUUACAAGCGGCUGGCGCCUCUGCUGUAGGCGGCGCCUUUUCUGCCACAUCGCUACAGCCGCUCACUGCGCCUGGUCAGUCAAUUAGUGGGAAGGCUAAGGAGCGUAAGCAUGCUAUUCCUAUAAUACAUCCGGACACCAUGGAGGUGCUUGAUACCAAAUCAUCGGUGUUUCUGAAAAAAGAUUUAUCGACAGCUACGCUGACGGCCGGAGUUCCAGGGGGGGAUCAAAGCGCACCACUGGGACCGACGGAUAGCAACAUAACCAUGUGCUUGUAUCAAUCACCCUUGGGCAUGGAUACCUCUUCGGCCGCAUCGCUGCUUAACGCAGUCAUGGUGGAUCAUCAAAUGCAAACAGAGAAGUCGCAGCCAGCUGUUCAGAAUGCAACAGGAGAUUCGAUAGGCAUUCCUCUUGUCUUUGGUGAGUUGGACAAUGAGAGCACGGAAGCCACACCUACAUCGCCGUUACCCACAUCAUCCAAUGAGGAUCAGAUUAGUGUGAUUGUCAAAGACAUCUUAGCAAAGUCGGGAAAAACUGAGGAUCACCUUAGCUUUUGGCAGUACAGUGAUGUUGACAAUGCGGCUGAGAACCAGCACACGCUACCAACAUUUGAACAUUUGGAAACAACUCUGUCGCAAAUUUCACCGACAGGCAUUGGUCCAGAGCCUGUGCUCUUCAAGGAGCCGCAAAUGUCCAAGAAACAGCGCCCCAAAUCGGCAAAUAAACAAAGCACAGCAACGCCCACAUCCAUAGCAAAUGCAGUUGCUGAGGCUGCCGCCAGUGGCGGCACGGGCAUAACCAUAUUGGCCAGAACGCACCAGUUGCCUCAGCAACAAACGCAGCAACAGCGAGCGCAAAGAGCAACAAAAUCGAUUACUGCAGCACCUGUGAGCAUGGAAGACUCGAAGUUGUGCACAAGUCCAGCAAAGAGUGCCAAGCAAUUGCAGUCACCAAAAAAGCAACAACAAUCGAGCACAUCAAGCUCAGGCGCAUCUUCAUCGGCGGCCUCGACGCCCACGCAUCCAGCUUCGAAUCAACAAAAACAGCAACUAAAACAGGCCGGCAAUGCAGCCUCCACACAAAACCCGCGCAUUUCGCCAGCAGUUGCCCUUCUUGCAGGCACAUUUAACCCCCAGCAAGGGCAGAACACCAGUAUUAAUAAGAAAUCGCAGCGCAAGGCACGCAAGGAGAACAAGAAACAAAAAUCUGUUGCUCCUGCAGGAGCAACAGCGGCAGUCACAAAUAAUGCGGCACCUUUAACUACAAUGGCAGCAAGUAGCGGCAACAACAAUAAUUUGCUGAGCAACAAAAACAACAGCAACUUGGAUAAUGCAGCCAAAUUGAAUGCGCUUACAUCCACAACAUUUGCUACCACAACUAAAACAACAGCAGCUGUGGAGUCUGCAUCGAGCAGCACGAUAAUGCCGUCAGAGAAGACGGCACAGCUAACGACUGAUAAGCUUAGUGCAACUAGUAAUAAUUCCUCUAGCUUAAGUUCUAAUCUAAGAGACAAUGCAAAAUUGACGCAGGAUCAUCAACAGCAGAAACAAAAGGUCGAGCAAAGCUCGAACAAAAUUGGUGGGAAGACGCAGCAAGCAGCACCAGAAACUCAACUCAAAUUUGAAGCCAAAACAGACAAUGCCCAAUUGUCCACUUCGUCGCAUACGGCCUCAACAGAGUCGCUCACUUCAAAACAGGAUCCACACAUGGCUACCGAAGAUAUUAUGGCCAAGUUCUUGGCACAGCCCGAAGCACAACAACUGCAAUUUCUCAACAGUUCCAGCUCUGUAUGUGAAGAUGAAGAGUUAAUGAGCGUAAGUGCCGUAAAGCCCGACGGAGCCGACGAAUGUAACAAUUCCGCUACUGCUAUUAAUGAACUGAAAUUUGGAGACUUUAAUGAAGAUAAACUGAACGAUACUGGUUUCAUAUGCAGCUCCACUUGGUCUAGCUCCAUAAAAGCGCUUGAUCCCGUCGCCUCAGAUUCCAGUGUGGCGAUAUCGCCCACGGCCUCCAUCAGCAGCAGCAUGAGCUGCAUAAGCAGUACCAAUGUGACUCCAUCCCUAAAGACAACAAAAAGCAUGGACAAUGUUGACUGUGCGGCAAAGGUUAAGGGCAACCUGUCGGCAACUGUGCGUACUAGCAGCUCCAGCUGUGGCAGCAAGAAAUCAUCGCCAGUGCAUCAAAUUAAAAAGGGCGGCGAUGGCGAAAAGAAGGGAAAUAGUCCAAAAUCUUCAACAUCAGCGAACACAUCACAGACAUCAAUUACGGCAGCAGCAGCCAAAAAUAAUGGAAAAAUAUUUAAAUACAGCAUUGAGGAGUUGCGUGAGCUCUCCAAGCUAAGCGAUUCGCGCAAGCCGCCCAUGGUGUACUGCCAGAAGGGGGAUUGCAUUGCACAGCUCUUUGUCUCACGUCAGCAGCAGCAGCAUCAUCAUGCACAUAAUCCUCACGUGCCACAAUAUCAGCACAUGAGCUUCAGUGAAUCCAUUGACUAUGUCUCUGGGAAACGUGCUGGCCGACAUGGACAUGGACCCAAUAAGAAACACCAUGAUCAUCAGCAAAUGGGCGUCAGCAUUAAUAGUUCGGGUGGCUCUGGCGGCGGCGGUGGAAUGUCAAAUCAACGACACAUGGAUAUAAUACGCGUCCAGCUAUCACUAAAGGAGGAGAUUAAGUUGUCUGAGUGCGAGAAUGCUUGGCAGCCAGAAACCUUACGUCGCAUGUCAAUGGCAAAUGCCUCAGAUGAAGAUGAUGAUAUGGAGACUGUGGUUAAAAAGGUGCGCGGUAUACUCAACAAAUUAACACCGGAUAACUUUGAUGUGCUGUUGAAGGAAAUGUUCAGCAUUAAAAUGAACACUGAAGCCAAGAUGACAAAUGUCAUGUUGUUAAUUUUCGAAAAAACUAUCAGCGAACCUAACUUUGCGCCGACCUAUGCACGUUUCUGCAAAGUUCUGUUUCAUGAGAUCAAGGCUGAGAACAAGUCGCUGUUCACCAGCUCGUUGAUCACGCGCAUACAACACGAGUUCGAGUCAAAUGUAAACGAUGCCAAUGCGAAGGCCAAGAAAUUACAGCCAACGGUGGAUCGCAUGAACGAGUGCACGGAUCCGAAUAAAAAGGCAGAACUGCGCGCUGAAAUGGAGGAUCUGGAAUACCAGUUCCGACGUCGUGCCUGGGGCACAGUGCGUUUCAUAGGCGAGCUCUUUAAGUUGCAAACGCUGACCAGCGAUCGUGUACUGCACUGCAUCGAGUCGCUGCUAGAGCAUGGAUGCGAGGAAAAGCUCGAAUACAUGUGCAAGUUGCUGACCACCGUAGGUCAUCUGCUAGAGGGCAAUCUGCCGGACCAGUAUCAAAAUUCGGUGCGUAUUGAGAAGAUCUUUCGUCGCAUACAGGAUAUUGUGAACAGAUCGCGCGGCAACUCGCAUCGCCAGCCGGCAGUUAAGAUCAGCAGUCGCGUGCGCUUCAUGAUGCAGGACGUCUUGGAUUUGCGCGCACGCAACUGGGAUCAGCCGGUGACGCAUGGUGGACGCCAGCGCUUUAAUACAAAUGCGAGCAUCUCAAAGCAUGAGGAAAAACAACAUGGGCGCAAUUCGGGCAACAUAGGAGGAGGUGGUGGAGGAGGGAGCAGCGGCGGCGGUGGCGUUAGCGGCUCGCAUCACCAACAGCAACACCAGAAACAUCACCAGAUGAAUCGUAGCCAUCAGGAAGGAGGCCAACACAGUCAUGAUAAUAGCAACUACUUCAUGCAGAAGAUGCCAAAAUUGCAGCAACAGGACAACCAAAGUCUUAGUAUUGAUCCUACCAAACUGCGUUUCAGCAGCGGCGACGAAUCUACAGCUGGCAUGCCAAAGCUCGGCAACUCUUCCAACUAUCAAUGGCGCAACAUUAGCAAUCGACCAGUGAGUGCGAACGCCGGAGCCGUCGUGGGAACACCCAAUCUGCUUAAACGCAUGCCUUCUACACAGACGCCAGCGCCGAAUCAUCAUAAUCUAAACUACUCUUCAUAUACGCAGCCACUGCAGUCAUCGCUGCCUUCACAUGGCAUCAGCAAAUCCAAUGCAAAUACCAGCAACAUUAAUCCGUCAACCUCUUCAACAUCCACACAUGAUGCAAGCGGCGGCAGCAAUUUCAGCAGUCUACAGUGUCAGGAGAUGAUUACGCGUUUGGUUGAAGAAGCGCUGAACACGCGCGACUGGAAGCCAGAAGUGUUGCAACUUUGGCGCAGCUGCCACAUAAAAAAUCAGGCCGCCGUCUUACACUAUCUUCUCAUGGAUUAUAUACAUCGUGGGACGGUGAAACGUGCCCAGCGUCUGGCCUGUGCCAAUGUCUUUUGUUAUUUGAUGCGCCAGAAAGCCUUUGACAAGACUACAUUUUCGCAAGUCUAUGCACGCUUCGCCGAAGAGUUUCCCGAUCUGUUGGUGGAUGUUCCCAAUGGCUGGGGAUAUGUUUUUGAGUUUCUUGGCCCGCUUAUGCACGAGCGCCUUCUAGAUUUUUCGGACAUUUGGCAAUGCCGAUGGAGAGAGGACAGCUACUUCACAGAUCGCUUCGUGCGGGCUUUUCUUAACUAUUUUGUUCAAGAUUUUGGUGCCAUUUACACACGAGACUUAUGGCACAAGGAUUACAAGCUCGAUCCACUGGUGUUCUGGGACGAUGUGCAGCAAUAUCGCGAAUUUCUGCAUUCAAACAAUUUUGGCUUUCUGGAACAGAACACUAAACAGCAACACCAGCAGAAGCAGCAAUUGCACACCAGCCAACAACAACAGGCCCGUGGUAAGCUGCAGCGUAACCCAGCCGAGCAUGUGGAGCGCAUUGGCUCUUUGCUAACAACAUCCAAUGAUUGCAACAUGGCCAUUGAUUACAUUAAUACAAAUGUACAUAUUACCACGGAUUUCGUGCGGCUACUAACGAAAUUCCUUUGCUGUGAUUAUGCGCUAACUGUGAUGACUAACAACAACAACAAUAAUAACAAGAGCAGCAACAAUAACAACAAAAAGUCGACAGGGGCCCAGCUGAAUUUGCAAAACUUUCGACAGAAAUGCACACCUCUUUUGCGCCUUUGUCUCGAUGCCCAGGAGACCCAUGAAAUAGCCUGUAUUGACGAGACAGUGGAUGCGUUGCAGCAGCACUUCAUGGCCGAAAUGGAGGAUGAGAUGGCUGCGGGUGACACGAUAUGCACAACAUUUAACGCGCUCUACGAAAGUGAUGUCAUACCCAAAGAAUCAUUUGACAAAUGGUACAAGCUAGAAAUUGAGCAUUCGUCCACCUACCGGCGGCCCUUCAUCGACAAGUUGCGUGUAUUUAUCGAGGAACUGUAGGAAAAUAUCACUAAAUUUGGACAUCAUCAACAGUUACGACAAGAAAAAUAGGCACAAACAGAUAACUAGACCCACAUCAGCAUCAGGACAACGAAGCAAAACUCGAGCACAGCACGUGGCUAAGAAUUUGACAUAGCUUUUUGUAUUGUUUAAGCAGACGUCGACGUUUGCUUAAAUAUAUAGUAAAGUCAAAAUUCUCGUCAGAAUCUGGCGCCGGGAUCCAUGCACACUCACUCUUCUUCACCACAGAUGUAAGCGUGGUCGCAACAUGGUGGAGAGCAUUAUAUACAAAAUUAUAUUUGUAAAGCAGCGGCUGCCGCUAAGCUAUUUCAACAUUAAGCCUAAGCCAUUCACCGUGCUUGCUGAACCACAAUUUCUUUUAAUUGAACUGAUCAAGAACCAUAUUAUCCCAAUUGUGUUUUUAAAGAGCUGACACGCAGAUCCGAUUUAUAAUUACUAUAAUGCUAAUAGAACACAUAACAUUCAAUGCUAACGCAAUUUGUAACAUUUCACAACAAAAAUCCCGAGAACAUGAAAUAUUUUCAUUUAUGUAAUUGUGCAAAACACGUUCCUUAUCACCAGAAAAACACAACAAACACAAAAACGGAAAACCUUUUCGAUGACUUGGUCAUGUGUAAAAUAAACAUAAACACAAUAACCCCAAAAAAUUAAAAAUACAAGAAAAUUCUUUGCAAAUAAUAGGAAAAGAAAAGCUACGGCAGCAUAAACAAGCGAAAAAUCUCAGAAGCAAACAUUUUGAAUAUCGAAAACCUACAAAGAUAACAAAAAAUAGUAAAACGUAUAAAAAUAAUAUGUCAAGACAUACAAAAAUUAUGAAAUAAGAAUUAUGGUGAACUUCA